UGGUCAUUGAGAGUGAGUGUCACUGCAGUGACCAUUGGGCGGCGCUCACUGGGAACCGGUCUUCAGCGGCGACCCAAUAAAGACAAGAAGAGUCACCCAAACAAAGGCACUCCAGUUGUUCACAACUCUUCGGCCAAUGAUUCCAAUCAAACGAAUCAUAGUUCAGACAAAUUGAAAGCCGACUUGAAAUUACAGCCAACUGCAGAACAGAUGCGAAUCGCGACUCUGAUGAACGAUAAGAUGGACGACAACGACCUGAAGGCGAAAAUCGAGCAAAUCAUGGAACUGACGGGUUCUUCACGAGACGACGCCGUUGUGGCCCUCCAUGACUGCGACAACGACACCAAUAAAGCCAUUGAUAUGAUCCUCGAGUUAGAGGGAGACUCUCUGGACAGUCAGUGGAUGUCGACGGGCAAGAAGAAGAAGCCGCCCAAAAGCACAUCCAAUGCCUCCAACGAUGACAACCUUAAAGCCGAUUCCCAUCGAGACUCGAAGGGAGACCACAGCAGAGAUGGGAAGCACUUGUCUUCUAAAACAAACGCUCGCCUUCAGAGUCGUGGCGGAGGACCCCCUCGGCUGCAAAGGGCCGGGAUGUCCAACAGAGGCGCCCCACGAAAGCCCAAAGACUCGAAUAGGGGUUUGAGUGAAAAGAGUGAUAACCCAGAAGAGGGUUCUUUCAAACCUUUAGAUCCGUCGGCGCCUUCACGAAGAGGUGAUCGAAGGGGUCGCGGAAGAGGUGGUUCGGGUCGGGGUAAUAGGGGUGGCAUCAGUAGUGGUGCCGGUCGGGGGGCACGAACUUUCCAGAAUCGUGGCAUUCAAGGCAACGAUGGAUUUCCAAACUCGAUCGACACGUGGACUAACAGUACUGCAGACCAAUCCACUCGUAAGCCCGCCGAUGUGACACCAAUGCCAGUCGGCAACUGGUCCGACAUCGCCACCAAUGAGGACUGGAGUGAAGAGGACUGGGAGCCCAACCAUAUGGAGACCAAAGUGUUUACGCCGAGCACUAAGAUAUCAGAGAAGGAGGAGAUGAAUGUCAGGGACAGUAUAUCAUCCAAUUUGACGAACAGUCAGACCAACAAUUUGUCUCAAUUUAUGAGUAAAUCUUCCGUCGACUCGAAUCAGUCAAUGAGUGCUAUAUUGUCGUCAAACGUGUCCCGCAAUGCCAACGUUGCCGCCGGACAGACACUUCUGCAGCAAAUCCAACAGUCGAACGCCGGACAGACACCUAAUCUGAAUCAGUACUCUAUGAGUUACAACAAACAGGCGACUGAAAGCAUCAAAUCUCUGGUAGGACUCAGUCCGUCAGCCAAUUAUAGCACCAAUGCUUCGGACUUAUUGUCAAACAGUGAGAGAGAUUUGGAUUCGUUGACGAGUUCCCAACCCUCCAGUCUCGCCAACAAGACAUCGCGUAUCAAACAGACCCGACCCUCAAAAAUCCCAGAAUCCGCUGUUGAGAUGCCAUCCAAUGAUACAAUCGCUGCAUUGGGUGUCCAUUUUGGUACUCUUGAGUUUGGCUCAGAGAGCAAUCAGUUCUCUUUGGGAACAGAUUUUUCGGAUACUGUUAGUCACGUGAAUAAAGCGAAAAAAGCCGAAACCAACAGUUUGCCCAACAGUUCUAUGUUAUCGCAGUCCAGUGACACCACAUUCAGACCUUCCACUACUAUCAAUGACUCCAACAGUAAAGGGGUGUCUCCUAUAAUACAGAACUCAGUGCUCGGACACCAGUCCCUCGCAUCGGAUUCACUGCUCGACAGGAGCACCAAAUCAAGUGUCGGACAGUUCGCACAGAAAGUCCUCGAAAGAAACAAUAAGUCUGAUUAUUCAUCGGUUCCUUCCCAACAGACUGUCAGUGCGGCAGACAUUACCUCAAACUAUAAGAACACCUAUCCUUCCGAUACGUCCUACAACUCCAACAACUACUCGACUACCACUUCCUCCAGUUAUCCCUACUCUUCAAGCAGUCAAUCGGCUUAUGGCAAUCAAGUGACCGGCAAUUAUUCGACCAAUUAUUCGGGAACAACAAUCGGCAACACUUCCAAUCAUAAGCUCAGAGACAUGGACUCCAACUCUCAACAAAAGCCAUACGACGUGUCCAACAAUUCUGUGGGCGGUUUGGGUAUGAACUCAACGGUCACUACAAAUGUCUUGAAGAAUACCCUGUCAGCCACCGGCAAAGGAGUGCACAACGUUCCUCCCGGUGUUCCCGCCACUCCUGUAUUGAGUACACCAUAUAUUGUCCAAAACCCUGGUGUUCCCAUCUAUCCAAUGGGUAUUCCCUACGAUUUACAGUUCCAAACGACUGCUCGCGACCACAACUUCGGUCCAUACGGAACACAAGAUGUGAAGUAUGGCCGCGGAUCUGAAACCGAAGUAAACCCGGUGUCCACGAGUCAAACGGGUGUUUCUCAAACACACAAUCAGACGUUUGUGAAUACGUUUCCUCCCGGAUAUGGCUUUUAUUUAGCGCCUGGAAUUAAUAUGAUGCCGCAAAGCAUAUACCCCACCCAACCCCUAUACCCCGUGGCUCAGCCACAGAACACAGGCUCUGCGGGAUCGGCGUUUGCAAAGGCCAACACCUCUUAUGGAUCUCAUUCCUACAAUUCAGGCUACGAUUCCAUUUCAGCCCAAACUCAAGAUUACGUCAAACAAAGUUACCCGCAAUCAGUCCAACAGCACAGUAAAGGCAUCUCCGGUUCCAACACAUCGGACCUGACGUCUGCCAACUCCUCUAUUUAUGGCAAAAAUCAUUCGCAAAUCAAUAAAAGUUACGAUAAGCAGGGCUUUCAAACGGCAACGCCUGCCUUCAAUCUGACCGCCGGAUCCCAGUCUACGGGCAGUAUGUCGUCGACAUACGGCGCCCCUUAUGUCUUACCUCAUUCACAACAAGCCAUGUCUUUGCACACAAUGUCGUCCCUGCAAACGGAUGUCUCGCAGUCGAGUGGACCGGGAGUUGGCGGACAGAGAGGGUUGUCGCAGUCGCAUAAGAACUCUGGUUCGGGAGCCAACAGUUCCCUACGGUUGGACCUGAAGUGCUAUCCGCCGGAACAGAUCCGCAACUUCUGUAUCAUUGCUCACAUAAAUCACGGGAAGAGUACUCUUUCGGAUCGAUUGCUGGAAGUGACCAAAACUAUAUCCAAAGACCUCAAUGUUAACCAAUAUUUGGAUAAACUAGAAGUGGAGAGGGAGAGGGGGAUCACUGUUAAGGCCCAGACCUGCUCUAUGGUCUGGAACUACGACAACACCUCUUAUUUACUAAAUCUGAUCGACACUCCAGGUCACGUGGACUUCAGUUAUGAAGUUUGGCGAUCAGUGGCGGCCUGUGAGGGGGCCGUCAUUCUGGUGGACGCCAACAGUGGAGUUCAGGCGCAGACCAUCGCUCACUUCAAUCACGCCUUACUAUCGGAGCUCACGAUAAUCCCUGUACUCAAUAAAAUCGAUCUCAAGAAUGCAGAUCCAGAGUCUGUUGCACUUCAGAUGAAUAAACUCUUUGAUAUUGAAGACAAAGAUAUUCUGAAAGUAUCGGCAAAACAGGGAUCAGGUGUUGAGAAACUUCUCAAUGAAUUAGUGGAGAGGAUUCCGCCCCCUCGGGGCCACUCAGACUAUCCCUUAAAAGCUUUAGUCUUUGAUUUAUGGCACCAGAAGUUUAAAGGAAUUAUUCUUCUCAUCAGAAUAAUAGACGGAUGUCUUAGAAUUGGAGAUGAGAUCACUUUGUUGUCCACUAAUAAGACUCAUACGAUCAGAAAAAUAAGUAUUUUAUAUCCUGAUGAGUUGCCCACUGAUUCACUGUUCGCGGGACAGGUAGGAGUGAUUGAGGCCAACAUUCAUGACCACAAUGAUGUCAAUAUAGGAGACAUUAUAGUUCAAAAAGAUGACAAUCAAACUAAAAUCCAAAAUGCAGUCAAAGUGCCGGAUAUCCCAAAAGCUAUUCCAAUGGUAUUCGCGAGUGUCUACCCGUGCGUUGGCAGGCAAUUACUGUUACCGCAGCUAAAUCGGUUUCUCAGCGUGGGCCGAGACCCGUUACCGAAAGCCAUUCCGUUAUCUUUAUAUCAUAUUGAAUUGGACUUAUUUUAUGAAAAAUGUGGUUUUUGGGUUUACUUCAUAUGGAGGUCUUCUGUCAAAGACUUGACGACGAGUAGUCAUAACAGCGCCGAGUGUCCCAUACAAGGGUUGUAUUGUGCCGGAGAUUACUUAAACGAUGUCAUCAAUAUAUGUCUCAAUAGACGUGGCAUUCAAACUAAUUCUUAUUACAUCGAUAACACAAGACUUUUAAUUCAGUUUAAAUUUCCUUUAAGUGAAAUAAUUAUUGACUUUUACGAUGAGUUAAAGUCUGUUACUUCGGGUUACGCCUCAUUUGACUACGAGGACAGUGGCUACGAGAGCACCAAAUUAGUCAAACUCGAUAUACUCCUCAAUGACAAACCGGUCGAUGAAUUGUCUCAUUUGGUGAACCACAAGAGAGCUCGAGCUUAUGGUAAGACAAUGUGCGCCAAACUGAAGGAAUGUCUACAUCAGCAACAGUUCAAAAUCAAAAUCCAGGCCUCAGUCGGAGGAAAGAUCAUCGCUCGCGAAGACAUUAAAGCAUUUCGAAAGGACGUUACGGCCAAACUAUAUGGAGGGGACGACACCCGCAGACAGAAACUAUUGAAACGACAGGCAGAGGGUAAACGACGGCUCAGGAGAAUCGGAAACAUUGAAAUCAGUGCCGAAACACUAAUUAAUGUGUUUAAGAAAUAG